AUGGUAUCAAAGCGCAAACGCAGCAUUGGUGAUGCCGAGGAGGAGAUGAACCCUAGCAAGCGCGCCGAGCAAGGAGACAGGUCGGCGACUCAGAACAAGGGUUCAAGCAAUUCGUCUCCUCUCCGGGCAUCGAGCUGGAACCCCAACCCAGCCGCAUCGGCAGCUUCUGCGAUGAGUAAUGACUGGCGUUUGGUGGAGACGCGGCGGAAGAUAUUUGCCAAGAUCGAAAAGGUUGAGGGCUGGGGCACUCUCACCACGCAACAAAAGAAUACAUGGGAAACCAUGGCAAGACUGAAGGUGUACGAGGACAUGUACGCCCAUGGCUGUGGUAGCGAUAACUCUGCGGCCGUGUCUAUCAACAUCGAGUACUUUGUCGACGCCUGCCUCUGGACAGAUCAUGCUACGUACAAGCAGCCGGCUGCCAUCCGUAGAAACGACGAGACCAUUCCAGUCCAGAGCAAGCAACAGCUGGAUGAGAACGAGCCAAAUGUGAGGGACAGGAGCCUGCCUCGCACGGCUCUCCGCAUUGCCGAGACUCACGAGCCCGCCAGUGGUGAAGACAGUCGCCAUGGUGUUCGAAAGCCGGAACCAGUCAUACGAGAGGGGCCCCAAGUCGCCGUUGUCUCUGGAUCCAAAGAACGCGGUGCUGGGCAUUGGACCGCAGAACAGAUGACCGAGCUGUACAAGGAGAUUUUUGGUGGCGAUGCAUCCCAGCUGGAGGGAAUGGACAGCUUCGAGCUGCCACUGGAGUCGCAAUUCGGCGCCAUGGUGACAAGGAGCGCUGCCAAGAAAACAGAAUCGCUCUUCCCGAGCUUCAUUGAGCUUUGGCCGAUAAAGUUGGGUUGGGGUCGCUUCAAACUUGCGCUCCGGUUUUCGUCUCGGGUUGCGCGGGACAAGGCCAAUUUCCCCAGGCAGAGGUCCUGUCUGGUCUGGACUUGGCGCAUCCUGCUAAAGUGGAAGAUGAAGCUGCUUAAGGACGUAUCAGAGCCCGCAGUAUCCAUGUAUGAUGGUGUGUGCUGGGUUGUUGACCAAUGGACGGAGCAAAUGGCCAACAUACAAAUCGAAUUGUCUGCGGUUAGUGAAGCUUGGAACUUGGAUAUACAGGCUGACAUGAAUGGCCUCGACAACGAAGAGUCGAAGCAGCAUAUGUACGAAGCUGUCUUCAAGGUGAUCGCCUCAUCACGCGGCCAGGAUGAUGAGACCCGUGCCUGUGGUGUGUUGGAUUGGGCCGAGGCCGACCCCGAGAAGAUAGGCGGCGGAUCUCGGAGCCGCACUUAUCUUGCCCUUGAGGCAAUGUCUACGUACUGUGCAGCCGAGGCUGGGGAGGAGAAGCUGGGAAUGAUCGCCCAGCAGAUGAAAUCGAAGAAGCACGUUGCGUUGCUUGUGCUGAAGAAACGGGCCGGUGACGCCGCCAAAGCUGACGACGCUGCCACCAAGUAG